AAAAUUCCUACUUCUUUAUCGCCUGAUGCAGAAUCUGAUGCUCCUUGAGGGAUUCCCACUAGUUUCUUUAUAUUAGCAUAGCUAAGUCUUCUGCUUCCACGCACAUUUCCACUCAGCAUCUUUGUUUUCAAUAUAUUAGCUUGUAUCACUCCUCUUCAUGGAAAAUAGCAAGGAAGGUGGCAGGGAUCAAUCAAGUGGGAAAAAGAAGAGCCUACUAGUAGGACCAUGGGGAGGAAAUGGAGGGAGUACUUGGGAUGACGGUGUCUUCAAUGGAGUGAGAGAAAUCACCAUUGUUUACGACCAUUGCAUCGAUUCCAUCAAGGUUGUGUAUGACAAGAAUGGUAAGGCUGUCGCUACAGAAAAACAUGGAGGAGUAGGAGGCACUAAAAGAACUGAGAUAAAGUUGCAAUAUCCAGAGGAGUACUUAGUGAGUGCUAGUGGGAACUAUUGCCCUGUAGUUUAUGGAGGAAGUCCUGUAAUUCGGUCGAUAACAUUUAAAAGCAACCGAAGAACAUUCGGACCGUUUGGAAUAGAAGAAGGAACACCAUUUACACUUUCAAUGGAUGGACGUCGCGUUGUUGGUUUUACGGGAAGAAGUGGGUGGUACCUUGAUGCUAUUGGGUUUCGUUUAUCUCCUUCUCAAUCAACCAAGCUUCUGAAAAAGUUUCAGAAAGGAAUUCAGAGGCUUACAAGUUCAGUUGCUAGAUCUCCUGCCUCCAAAAAGGACACUGAAAAGCCUGAUUAUUAGUAUUAAUGUUCAGAAGGACAUGGAAUGCAUAAGCUUUGAUGCUUUACUAUGUCAAAUUUAUCUGGCAUACUUGCUAAAGUCGUCUAUUUCUUUUCUCUUUCUUCCCCUUCUUUCUUAAGUAUUGGGUUGAGAGUGUUAGUUUAAUGAAUAACAGCCAAUAUUACCUUCAUUAA